AUGGGAUGUGGAACGAGUUUUGUGAAAUAUGUGCUGUUCUUCUUCAACUUGGUGGUCGCGCUCCUCGGCCUAGCGGUGAUAGGUAUUGGAGUGGCGGUCCAGUUGAACUGGACGGUCGUGAAGGAUGAGCUGAAGUCACACUUGACGGUAGCACCAUGGGUGUUCAUCAUUAUUGGAGCCAUCAUGUUCGUGAUAGCCUUCUUCGGUUGCUGCGGAGCGAUACGGGAGAGUCACUGCAUGGUUGUCACGUACGCUAUCUUCUUACUGGUGAUAAUCAUCGUGCAAGUGGUAAUUGGCGUGCUCUUGUUCGCCUACGGUGAUACGAUCAAACAGAGCCUCGUCAACUCCGUCAAUGCACUCUUCGACAAGAGGUCCAGCGCUUCUGUUGACAAAGCUACUGAUGCCGUCAUCAACAACCUCCAACAACAGUUCAGCUGCUGUGGUAAGAACGGUCCCCAAGACUAUGGCAUCACCAUCGCCCUGCCCGACUCCUGCUGCAGCACCACCAGCACUUUCGGCCAGGUCAUCGGAGGCAGGUGUACCAUGGAGGUCGCUAACCGAGGCUGCGCAAGUGUCAUCUCCGACUUGUACGAGAAAUGGAACAAACCUAUUGCUGGAGUCGCCAUUGGAAUCGCCUGUAUUGAGGUGGUCGGAGCGCUGUUCGCGCUGUGUCUCGCCAAUUCCAUAAGAAAUAUGGACAGAAGGUCUCGCUACUAA